GUUAUUUAUUUAAUGAGAUUUUAUUUAUACAAACAUACUAUACAUUUGUUAUACAUUUAAUAAUAAGUUAUAUAAUAAUAUCGUAAUUAUAAUAAAACAAUAAUAACUACAAUCAUAUUAAUAAUACCAUUGAAUACAAUGAGUGAAUGUGCGGUGACUGCAAGCAAUCAAUUGAAUGAUAACUGUAAUUCCGGUGGAAGUGAUGCCCAACUGAAUGCUCGCAAAAUGAAUUCUUGGCUACAGAUCAAUGGCAUGACUUGUAACUCAUGUGUCAAUAACAUCAAAGGUGUUGUCCUACCCAUCGAUGGUGUACUUAAUAUAGAGAUCUAUUUGGAAGACUCCAAAGCCUUCCUCACGUACGACCCGACCCUCACCUCCGACCACACGAUCGCCAAUCGUAUCGAUGAUAUGGGCUUUGAGUGCAAAGUCAUUGAUAAUAUCGAUGACCACAUAAAUGACAUAAAUGAGUGGAAAGAGCGGCCGUCGAGCGCUUGGCUGGAGAUCUUAGGCAUGACUUGUAUGUCUUGUGUCAAUAAUAUCAAAGGAGUGGUUGAGCCCAUGGCUGGCGUCCGUAAUAUCGAGAUUUAUCUGAAAGAAAACGAG